AUGGCUGGCCCUCUAAUCAAGAAGGGACUAAAUUAUGUCUCAAGCAAAGAUUUUAGAGAUUAUUUAUGCAGGUAUCAUUUCUGGGGUCCAGUUGCAAAUUGGGGUCUACCUCUGGCAGCAUUGGGUGACUUGAAAAAAGAUCCAGAAAUUAUCAGUGGAAAGAUGACCUUAGGUAAUUGUUUGUUGCAAAUUCUAAUUGUGAAAUAUAGUUGA